AUGAGGGAGAAGAUGAGGGAGAAGAGGAAGGAGAAGAGGAGGGAGAAGAUGAGGGAGAAGAUGAGGGAGAAGAGGAGGGAGAAGAUGAGGGAGAAGAUGAGGGAGAAGAGGAGGGAGAAGAUGAGGGAGAAGAGGAGAGGAGGAGAAGAUGAGGGAGAAGAGGAAGGAGAAGAGGAGGUAGAAGCUGAGGGAGAAGAUGAGGGAAAAGAUGAGGGAGAAGAGGAGGGAGAAGAGGAGGGAGAAGAUGAGGGAGAAGAUGAGGGAGAAGAGGAGGGAGAAGAUGAGGGAGAAGAGGAGGUAGAAGCUGAGGGAGAAGAUGAGGGAAAAGAUGAGGGAGAAGAGGAGGGAGAAGAGGAGAAGAGGAGGGAGAAGAUGAGGGAGAAGAUGAGGGAGAAGAGGAGGGAGAAGAUGAGGGAGAAGAGGAAGGAGAAGAGGAGGGAGAAGAUGAGGGAGAAGAUGAGGGAGAAGAGGAGGGAGAAGAUGAGGGAGAAGAGGAGGGAGAAGAGGAAGGAGAAGAGGAGGGAGAAGAUGAGGGAGAAGAUGAGGGAGAAGAGGAGGGAGAAGAUGAGGGAGAAGAUGAGGGAGAAGAGGAGGGAGAAGAUGAGGGAGAAGAGGAGGUAG